GAAGCGGUGUCACGCGACGUGAUAGCCGGAGAAACGGCAUCUGACAAGACCCGAGUGCGAAGACAGCGAGCGCAACACUCGGCUCUAUUUCAUAAAUCCCACGCACUCGGUCUCUGACUGUGUCAGUCUCUCCGUUUUCUCCAUGGCGGCUCCAAUGAAAUUCGUAAUUGGUCUCCUUGCUUUAGUCUCUUUCGGAAUGAUCUUCGGUGCUUUGUUGCAACUCGAAUUUAUCGGAGGAUUAGAAGAAGUAGAUGGUAAGGCAUUUCCAUCAUUUAGAAAAGUGCAUAAGAGACAUAAUGAUGGCUCUCUUCAGCUACAUGGAGGUAUUUCUCAGUGGGUAAAUGACAAGGAUGCAGAUAUUCUACGUAUUGGAUAUGUCAAACCUGAAAUACUUAGCUGGUCACCGCGAAUCAUUCUACUUCAUAGUUUUUUGAGCUCAGAGGAAUGUGACUAUCUUAGAGCUAUGGCGGAGCCUCUCCUUCAGAUUUCCACUGUAGUGGAUGCACAAACAGGGAAAGGAAUUCAGAGCGAUGUUAGGACAAGCUCUGGCAUGUUCUUGAGUCCUGAUGACAGCACAUAUCCAAUUGUACGGGCCAUUGAAAAACGAAUAUCCGUCUAUUCUCAAGUUCCAGUCGAAAAUGGGGAGCUCAUCCAAGUUUUGAGGUAUAAAAAGAGUCAGUUCUACAAGCCUCACCAUGACUACUUCUCUGAUUCUUUUAACUUGAAGCGUGGUGGUCAACGAGUAGCAACAAUGCUCAUUUAUUUAAGUGAUACUCUUGAGGGGGGAGAAACAUAUUUCCCUAUGGCUGGUUCUGGUUUUUGUCGCUGUGGUGGGAAGUCUGUUAGAGGGUUGUCUGUGGCACCAGUUAAAGGAAAUGCAGUGCUUUUUUGGAGCAUGGGACUAGAUGGACAAUCAGACCCAAAUAGCAUCCAUGGCGGAUGCGAAGUACUGGCAGGGGAGAAGUGGUCAGCUACAAAAUGGAUGAGGCAGAGAUCAACCCACUGAUUUCUCUAUCCCUUCAACAUCUCCAACAUACAUCGAAAGGACGCACCCUUUCAGUGAGCAUUUUUCCUUCUUUUUCCUCAUUCUUACAGAAAUCUUGCUUCAAAAAACAAGUGGAUGGGAAUUGUGUAUGAUAUGACAUAAAUUUAGACUCUUAGUCAAAUUUUUAGUGGUAUAAAAUCUUAAGUAGGCAGACCAAAAUGAACUUGAUUUAUGUCCCAACCAUGACUUAAAAACUAUAUUCAUUCAGAGUCCUGAAAGCAAGCAGGAAGAGAGGUCUCUUCUCCAUCCAAAUGAACCCCCUGAAGCCUUAUUCAUUUGGCCGUCUUCUUGGGUUUAGCAUUUUCAGUCUCUUAGGUGAGCCCAGAAACAGCUGAAACCAGGUUUAAUUUGAGAUUGAAACCUAACAGAUUGAUUUGGCCUUAGUGAGAUUUAUUAUUUACAUUUUUCUGAUGA